AUGGUUUCCGUUGGUCCCUUUCACCAUGGAAACCAAAGAUUGGAAUCAAUGCAAGAGCUCAAACUACGGUACCUCAACGAAUUUCUGAAGAGGACUCAUGAGCUGAAAUCUUUAGAUGAUUAUUUUGAUGCCGUGAGAGGUUGGGAAGGUCAAAUCCGUGGCUGCUAUUCGGAGUCAAUACAUAUGGAGAGUGAUGAAUCUUUAAGCAUGAUUCUAACUGAUGCUUGCUUCAUCAUUGAAUUGUUUGUUGCAUCCUUUCUAGAGUUUGAGCUUGAAACAACUGAAGAUCAACCUUUGUUGACGAAACGAUGGCCAAGAGAUGAUAUAACGAGGUUGCAAGUGGAACACCUGCGUGAUAUGUUAGGGGCCUUUUACGUGCCAAGUAUUAAUCCUCCAACAAGAUCAAGAGAUACAAAUGCGAUGGUCAAGUGUCCGUAUACUACAAAUCAACUGCAUGAGGCACGACUCAAAUUUGAAGCUGAUCAAAGCAAAGGUAUAUUUCAAUUGGAAUAUUCAAAUGGAGUCGUCAAAAUGCCAAUCAUUGGGUAUAAUGGCUUGACUGAAAUUAUGCUGAGAAAUUUGGUUGGUUUGGAGCAGUGUCAUCACCCUUUGAUGAGGAAUUUCAUUCCUGAUCACAUAGAUCUCUUGAAUGAUCUUAUCAGCACAGGAAAGGAUGUGGAAAUUCUUAUUGAAAAAGGAAUCAUAGAGUGCUUUUCAUGA